AUGGAUACUGCUGGUGGACCAUGGACGAUUUUCGCUAGACGAUACGAUGGCUCAGUGGACUUUUUCAGAACGUGGAAAGGUUACAGGAACGGCUUUGGAUAUUUGUUAGGAGAGUUCUGGCUAGGAUUUGAGAAUCUUAGGCUCCUGCUAGCUCAGGAUAUGCUACUUCGGAUCGAAAUGGAAGGAUGGACCACAGGCUUAAAGUAUGCCGAGUACAGCACGUUCUACAUAUCUGACGAGGCAUCCAAGUACGCGUUGACCAUUGGUGGUUUUAGCUCUCCAGACGGACUGUUUGACGCCUUGAAAUAUCACAACAACAGAUGUUUCACCACCUUUGACAAUGUUAACAGCGGCUUCAGUCGUGACUGUACUACUGACGCACAUGGAGCAUGGUGGUACGGCGCAUGUCUAGAUUCCAACCUGUUUGGUAUGUACAAACAAGAGGACGAUUACAACGCCAUGGUAUGGGAGUACUUCUACAGCACUGAUACCAGAUACACAGCUGUUAGGACAGUGGUAAUGAUGCUUCGUAAAGCAUAG